AUGGUCAGUUUCUGGGCCAAAGCUUCGCUCUUCGCGCACCCGCUCGUGCGCGCAAUUCUGCGCUCGUCCGGGAGCAUACCGGUGUAUCGCAACCCCAAUAGCAUGUACGUGGCAGAUACUACUGCCUUCAACGGCAGCACCGGCGUUGACGCCGUACUCAAUAGAGACAGCCGCGAAUCACAAGGCGAUGGGACAGCGAAGAACUCAGUGAAGAGCGAGGCGCUUUUCCAUGCCACGUUCCGCACCCUUGACGCGGGUGGCACAGUGGGCGUUUUCCCCGAAGGCACGAGCUACACCGAGCCGGGAAUUGUACAAGUAAAGGAUGGCGCGGCCCGUGUAGCACUGGAGUACUCGAAAUGGCUUAAAGACGAGAAGAAUGUUGUUGCUGAGGGGCGCAGAAGAGAGUGUUUGAAGGUCGUGCCUGUGGGCAUUGUGUACACGGACAAGACGCGGUAUCAGAGCCGGGUUUGCGUACGAUACGGGAAGGCGAUUGACCUCGCGCAUUUCACGGAACUGUACCUCUCGUCUGAGAAUGAGAAUGACCAGAGGACCGCGAUUCGGGCACUCACGGGUGAAAUUGAAAGACACCUCGUCGAAGUUACAAUCAAUUCGCCGGACUGGGACACUCUACAUACUGCAGCAAUCGUGAGGAAUAUCUUAUGGGGGGACUCGGACAGAAUCCCUGCGCAAUAUUUUGUGGCAGUUUCUCAGACCCUGAUCGACCUGUUCUCAAUACCGAAUUCCUCUGUCUCCUUCGUCCAGGCGAAGCGCGCCCUGCUUGCAUAUCAUGCCCUUCUGACGCAUACCCGCAUAUCGCACGCUUCUCUUCCUCCUAUUUCCGCUUCUCGAUCUCGCGCUUUACCUUACCUCAGUAUUUUUACCCAAUUGGCCAAGGUCGUCGUGCAUUUAUGUAUUUCUUUGCCCGCGUUCCUUCCGCACCUUCCUGCUUACACGCUCGGCCGCAUUUUUGCACGUUUCUUUGCCACACCUGACGCCCAAGAGACGCGUGCACAGUAUCUUGCGGUCGGGGGAAUUGUAGGUGCUGGGCUUGGAUAUGCUGGGAUAGGCUUGGCUAUUGCAAAGAUACAUGCGCGAAUAAUGAGCGAACGAAGUGGAGUGGGACUUGGAAGAUGGCUCGCCUUUUUCUGGACCGUUAAGGUCAUUUUAGGGAUUUGGCACCAUGCGGUGGUCAAGGAUAAUUACAAGCAGCUACAGAAACUGCAUACUUCCUUCAUCGUUUUACUUGGUGCCUUCUCGUCAAGCGUACCAAAGAAUGACCUCGUGCAAUACGCCACACCACCGCCUCCACCGAUCAACCCUCUCAUUCGUCACACCGUUGAGCCAACGGAACAGACGCCGCCGCCGCCGCCGGUGCCCGCACGCAAAUUGGUGCGACACGUCCUGGACGCCCGUGCAGAGGCAGUCGAUGCGCUUAUGGCGUUUCUGAAGGAAUCUGAACACGAAGUCGAGAUGGGAAUGGCGUGGGUACGGUCACGCUGUCCGAUUCUGGCGCGGCAAAUGACCGAUUUUUGGAGAGGAUGA